AUGGCAUCCCCCACGGCAGAAAUGCAGACCGGUGAGAUGCAUGAUGUGGAAAAGAUCACGGACUCAUUCCGUGAAUCUUCGAGCUUGGCGUUAUCCGAAGAUCAGGCCCUUGUGAAAGCUAGAAGCAGCCCAAAUGAUGCACUUCCAAUCGUCAUUACCUACGGACUCAACGAUAGCGACAAUCCACGGAACUGGCCAAAGUGGAAAAAAUGGUAUAUCACCAUUCUCGUGAGCCUGCUUAAUGUUUUCACAACCUGGUGUGCCGGAGGCGUAUCCUCUGGGGCGACAGGAAUCCAGGAAGAGUUUGGAGUUUCCGCUGAGGUCACCACACUGUGCUUGUCGCUCUAUGUCCUAGGUUACGCCAUCGGCCCAGUCCUCCUCGCACCGCUAUCAGAAUACUUUGGGCGUCAGCCGGUAUACGUGGUGUCGUGGUUCAUUCUGUUCAUCUUCCAACUCCCUCUUGCACUUGCACCCAACAUUGGUACCGUUUUAGUCUGCAGAUUCAUCGCGGGAUGUGCUGGAGGUGCUCCGUUGACCAACACUGGAGGUAGCAUCAGCGAUCUUUGGGAAAGAAAUGACAGUGGAGGCCCUAUGGCUGUUUAUGGUCUGAGUAGUACCUUUGGACCUCCCAUGGCUCUAGUUAUCACAGGGUAUAUUGGCCUGAACUGUGGGUGGCGAAUGAUCUUCUGGGUUCUUAUGGCUAUCACUGGUGGCGUGUGGAUCAUUCUAGUCGCUACAAUUCCCGAAACUCGCCAUACAACUGUUUUGCAGAAGAAAGCUAAACGCGCGCGCAAGCUGAUGGCAAAGGAGAAUUUGCGAUCGGCGGAAUCCACCGUCGACUUCCACGCCAGUGAUCGAAAAGGCCUGCAUGAAUUGUUCGCUAUAACCCUCACACGUCCUUUCCGAUUCUUAUUCUCGGAGCCCAUCACCCUUUUCUCUGCGAUAUACAAUGGUUUCAUCUACGGCCUUGUUUAUCUGUUCAAUGAGGCAAUUCCUUUGGUCUUUGGCGCGCCGAAGGGGCAUCCCUGGAACGUUGGUCAGCAAGGCCUUGCAUUCCUCGGCAUGGCGAUCGGACCAAUCAUUGCCUUCUGCCUGUAUCCACUUCAAGAACGGUACUAUCUUCGGCGGGUCGCUGAGAAUGGUGGCAAGGGCGUGCCCGAAGCACGUAUGUGGAUGGCACGAGGCGGUGCACUCCUCCUCCCUAUAAGUCUUUUCUGGUUUGGAUGGACCAGUUACCGAUCCGUUCACUGGAUUGUUCCCAUUAUUGCAUCAUCUUUCUUCGGUGCCGGCAUUUAUAUCGUGAUCCUGAGUAUUCUCAAUUACGUCGUCGACAGUUAUCAAACCUACUCAGCGUCAGCACUUGCCGGCGUGAUUUUGGUUCGCAAUGUGGUUGGCGCGGGUUUCCCUCUCUUCGCGACUCAGAUGUACGAGAAGCUAGAUUAUGAAUGGGCGUCUAGUCUACUGGGAUUUAUUUCCAUUCUACUGGUACCCAUCCCGUUCAUCUUUUUCUACAAGGGUGAGGCCAUUCGCCUUCGGAGCCCCUGGGCUAGGGAACACUUCGAACAAAAUGACGACAAUCCCCAUUAA